UUCAGUUUUCACAAUACAGUAUUGGCAUUAGGGAUUCCGGCAGGAAACUCUUCCGGUAAAGAGACGAAAAAUGGCGGUUUCAUCGUCACCGACACUCUCCGCUCUCUACUUCAGCACCAAUCUUCUCUCGAGUUCUCCUGCUGCGCGGGCUCCCUUCGAUUUGCCAUGCUCUUCCUUCGCUUGCCGCCGCGGCCAUUACACAGCCGUCGUUUGCUCUUACAUUGAACUGUCACUGUUGGUGCCAGAACCGAAGAGCGAAUUGGCUACUGGAGAUAAGAGGUCGUUACUGGAAAGCUACGGUCUCGACCCUAAUGCUUUCUUAUCAGAGUCUGCUCCUAAGGGAAGGAGAAGAAAAGAAGGGAAGAAGACUGAAAGAGGGAAGCAAGUCACGGACGAGAAGGCACCUGAACCUGAAAGGACUACCCACAGGCUGCUUCAGGUACUCGGAGGAAAGGCUAAAAGAAAGAAGUUGCUUUCGCCGAAGGGGAUGGAUGUCAGGCCAAUGAUGGAAGUGGUUAAAGGUUCAGCUUUUGACAUAUUGCAGGCAGCUGGGGGCUGUCCUGCAUCUCUAAGGCCUGGGCGCUGGUUAGAUUUGUUCAGUGGUACUGGAUCAGUUGGUAUUGAAGCUAUCAGUAGGGGAUGUGUUCAGGCUCAUUUUGUUGAGAUGGAUCCCUGGGUUAUUUCAAAUGUUCUACAACCAAAUUUGGACUGGACUGGAUUCCUAGACUUGUCAGUUGUACAUGCUGUUCCUGUUGAAAACUUUCUAAAGCAGGCACAGCAUUUUGUAGGUGAGGACAGGACAUUUGAUUACAUCAGUGUUACACCUCCGUAUAUGCUAGUUGACUAUGGCAUAUUGAUGGAUCUCAUUUCAAAAUCAGGCAUAAUUGGAGAAAAUACAUUUAUUGUGGUGGAAUAUCCUCUAAGGACAAACAUGCUAGAUUCUUGUGGAUGCCUCAUGAAGAUAACUGACCGGCGCUUUGGGCGUACUCAUUUAGCAAUAUAUGGACCCACUUGGGCUCAAAAGAAGAGAAAGUAAGGGAUUUAGCUUUAGAAAAUGAUGGAAGUUCGACUGCAGCUGAACAUGUGAGUUGGGUUUCAAAUUGUUGUCGUCAACCAAAGCUCCUUCAGCUAAUCCCAGGUCUUGAGACAGCAGCUUAGAUUGUUCUAUAAGGUAGCCCCAGGGUUGGUAGAUAAAUAUGGACUGCUUGGUUGACAACGCUACGAGCGAACUUCCCCAAGUAUCUUACGGUGUUGCUUCCUGUGACAUGGUAAGCUACAGCUUCCUUGCACUGUCACACAGGAUGAAGCAUCACCAUCAUUUUCAUAUUGUUGCUGCAAAGUAGCCAGUUUCUCCCAACCCAAAAAAAUAAAGUACCGUUUCCUUUUUCAGUUGUUGUGAGCUCUUUUUAGGAUCACCCAUUAACUAGAUGAUCUUGCAG